CCCAUUUCCAUUUUAAGCUGUGGAAAAUGAGAAAGACCUUAAAAAUCCUUACUUUCUGGAUUGGCUCAUAUGUUUACAAUUUUGUGCUGAAUGAUUUUGGUGAUCAUGCCAGUAAGUUGAAGAUUAUUAAAAAAUAAUGCUGCUUCCGUGGAAUAAAAUGGGAUUCUCACCGCUGGUUUGGGUUUGUGUAGCUUUGUUAUCAAGGUUUAUGAUGUUAUGGAUUUUAUUAUAUGUUGAGUUUCAUUAUUAUGUCUACUGGGUUUCAAGAGUUUGUUACUCAAUGCUGUAUUUUUCUGUCUUAAAAUCUUGUAGACGACAGUUUGACCUUGCGAAUAGAGAAGCAAUGGAUGAAUCAGCCGAGUGGAGGCUGAAAUAUGAUGUAGAAGCAGAAAGAUCUACCAAGUGUAUGAACGAACUCAAACAGAUAAAGGGAUCUCUGGAGGAGGAUGGAAAUGCUACUAAUAUCAACCUGAAAUUGGUGAUGCAACAAAAGGAAAAUGUUGCCUUGGCUGAACAAAUUGAAGCCUUGAAACAAGAGCUUGAGACUGAAAAGCUGAAGUGCCGGUUGCAAUAGUAUCUGAUCAUGAUCAAUAUAGUGCAACUUCUAUACACAUCAAGAAACUAUUUCCAGAGCUAGCACAAUCUCCAUUUUGCAAGGUUACUGCUUCCACUGGAUAUGGGAGAGGGAGAAUAUUUGGAUUAGAUUUCCUGGAAACUGAGUUGUCUUCAUAAAUAUACAAUGAUUGAUCUUGUUUUCUUUUUGUUCUUUUCCCCUCAUCUUAUCACGAUAAAUUAAGUCAUAGUUUCGUGUAGUUCUAACUUUACUAUGUAACUAAUGCUUAUUUGUGUAAUAAAUUAUGUAAAUCUCAUAUUUGAUUAAGGGUAAAAUGUAUAGACAAAG